AUGGAGUACCCGGCGCCGUCGUCCGCCGCACCUGACCCUCCCCUUCACCCUCCUCCUUCCAUGCUCCCGCACCCGCAACCGCCGGAGGAGGAGGGGGACGGCUGGGUGCUCGUGCCGGCCAGCGAGGUCGAGGGGGCCCACGCGCCCAAGGUCAUCCACUGGGACGACCUGCAGCAGGAACUCGCGCGCCUCUGGAGCCUCUCCGCCGCGCUCCAGCCCGCCGGGGAUCGCAAGGCGCACCUCGCUGCGCGCCUCGAGUCCGCGCUACAGGUUCGCCAGGAGUUUCUCGAGCAAGACAAUGAGUUGGCUGAAAUGAGGCAGAGACUGCAAGGGCAUACUGAUCGUCUGGGGGAUCUGAAGCUGCGCACAAAGAAAUUGUCGGAGGAUGUUGUGGAUCACAGGGAACAGCUUUGUGUCAAGAUCAGAACGUUGUCAGUGGCAAGCAAGGCUCUUGACGCUGCCCACGGAAAUGCUGAAUCAGGGUUGCCAAAUGGGUCCCAAAACAGACCUUUGGUCAUAUUGGGUCUACAGUUAUCAAAGCUUUCUGUGAAAAAGACUGGCUACUUUAGUGACAAGACAGGUGCUCAGAAAUCUUCUACUGUUCUGGGAUAUGCUGCUCAUGCAGUCUCCCUCAUUGCAUCGUAUCUCAAUGUUCCUCUUCGAUAUCCUUUGCGCUUUGGAGGUUCACGGUCAUAUGUUCUUGUUCCUGCUCCUUCAGUUGAGCCAUCAUCUAUAACCUCAGUAGCAACUUCUGUCCCUCCUAGCACAAGCAUGAGAACAGUGGAAUUCCCUCUGUUUCUUGACAGCCAGGAGACAACAAGAUCAGCAUAUGCGAUAUUCUUGUUGAACAAGGAUAUCGAGCAACUUCUGAAUUACAUUGGCGCUGAAAGCCUCGGGCCAAGACAUGUCUUAGCAAACCUGAGGCAGCUGACAAGGAUCAUCCAGUCACAAGAAUACACUUCUGUUGAUUAG